UCCGGAUUUUCAACACUAAUUUUAGUCAAGUCAGUGCUACUAUGUGAUGGUUGAGAGACUUAGCGAUGCAUUACGGAAAGCAUUUCCAACAAACUACAGAGACACAUCAACAGCUGCCGCCUACGCUCACUCAAUACUGAAGAUAAAAUGGUCUGAAAGAAUAAGCAACAAGGUAGUCACUCUGGCUGGCAACGAACCAACCAACAACCUAUCACCCAACAAAUAUGCAGAAGAAAGUAGAGAUGGACUGGACAAACCGAGAAAGCCAUUCGGGGACAUCACGCGCCACGCCAGGUCGUCGAGUGGAACCCAGAUGGGAAACGACAAAUUGGACGUCCGAGGUCAAGGUGACAUGGAGAAGAUGCUGUGAGGAAGAAAUGAAAGCUUGUGGGUAGUCGUGGAGCCAGGUUGAAGAGACUGUAGAGAACAGAGUGCAAUGGAGAUGUGCUACUGAAUUCCUACGUUCCCUAGGAGCCCAAGGGACAAAUAAUAAUAUAAAUGAACAACUCUCUUAAAGGUAGAUACAAAUGUAAUAUAACCUAUAGAUGAGCUAUAUUAGUCCAUAACUUACUCUUCAGAUCCUUCAGGACAGUUAUAA